UAGAGAAGAAGAAAAGACGCCUCUGCUAGUCAGCUAGCUAGCAUAGCUGCAGUAUUUAUUGAAAUAUGGCUGCUGUGCUCCCUAUCAGACCACCGUGUGACAGCAACCCAGCUACGCCUGGAGCACAUUCUUUAAAGGAGGAUGUAACUGAAGAAGAGUCCAAUGAUGGCAGCCAACCUCCAAAAAGAAGAAGGAUGGGUUCAGGAGACAGCUCCCGAAGCUGCGACACCUCCAGUCAGGAGCUGGGUCCAACCUAUUUCCCAGCAGAAAACCUGACAGAGUACAAAUGGCCGGCCGAUGACACAGGAGAGUAUUACAUGCUGCAGGAGCAAGUCAGCGAGUAUCUGGGAGUCACAUCAUUUAAGAGGAAGUAUCCUGAUAUGGAGAGGAGAGACCUGUCCCAUAAAGAGAAGCUCUAUCUUCGUGAACAGAACGUCAUCACGGAGACUCAGUGCACUCUGGGUCUGACAGCUCUGAGGAGCGACGAGGUGAUUGAUCUAAUGAUAAAGGAGUAUCCCACCAAACACUCAGAGUAUUCAGUCAUACUGCAGGAGAGGGAGCGACAGAGAAUAGCUAAAGAGUACUCGCAAAUGCAGCAGCAGAACCCUCAGAAGGUGGAAGCCAGCAAGGUUCCCGAGUACAUAAAAAAAGCAGCAAAGAAAGCUGCGGAGUUCAACAGCAAUUUUAACAGAGAGCGAAUGGAAGAGAGGAGAGCGUACUUUGACCUUCAGACACAUAUUAUCCAGGUCCCUCAAGGCAGAUUCAAGGUGCUGGCUCCAGAGCUCACCAGGACAGGGCCCUACCCUGUGGCUCUCAUCCCAGGACAGUUUCAGGACUACUAUAAGAGGUACUCUCCCAAUGAGCUGCGGUACUUGCCGCUGAACACGGCUCUGUUUGAGCCUCCGCUGGAUCCAGAGUUGCCUGCACUCGACUCAGAGCCCGACUCUGAUGAUGCGGAGGACGGAAAAGAAGAAAAGAAGAAGAACUCAUCUGACAGUUCUUCGGGCAAUACGUCGGACGUGGAGAGCCAGGAGGGCGGAGGGGGAAACAAGUCCAAGGCCAAAGACAGGACAUCAACGCAAGGCAAAGAUGGCAACCAGCGCCAUUCUGCCUCUCACAAAGCCACCCCCGGGUACAAGCCUAAGGUCAUUCCCAAUGCUAUAUGUGGCAUUUGCCAGAAGGGUAAAGAGGCCAACAAGAAAGGCAAACCAGAGGCUCUCAUUCACUGCUCCCAAUGUGAUAACAGCGGCCACCCGUCCUGCUUGGACAUGACCGAGGAGCUGGUGUCUGUGAUCCAGACGUACCGCUGGCAGUGCAUGGAGUGUAAGACCUGCACGGUGUGCCAGCAGCCCCACCACGAGGACGAGAUGAUGUUCUGUGACAAGUGUGACCGAGGGUACCACACAUUCUGCGUGGGCAUGGACUCCAUACCAAACGGCCUUUGGGUUUGUGAGGUUUGUGACAAAGAUUUCAACACACCGAAGAAGAAAGGAGCCAAAACACCAAAGAAGUCAAAGUCAGCUCAAAAAUGAGCAAAAUCCAUCAGAAAAGUAAUAUUUUGAUCAAAUUCCUCUUGUUUUCAGUUCAACCAAGUUCAUAAGGUAGACAAAAAUAAACCAUUGCGGUAUUGUUGCUUUGUUGAUAUGACAACAAAGGAAUUUAAAGUAAGAAAGGCCAACCCAUCAAAAACAAGUCAUGAAAAUGUCUCUCUUGUGGAUUGACAGCUUUAACUCCCAGAGCAUACUUAAUCUGGUCAGUGAAGCAGACACCACAAGGCUGCCGUAUAAUCUAAAUGACAAUAACUUUCUGCCUGUCCGUCUCGUCUUUGUCCUUGACGACACAUCAGACAUGAAUCUACAUCAGAUCACUGACUUCAGCAGAUUUAGGAGGGAUCGACUGAGCUCUAGACACUACAGUCAGACUCUCCAUCAAGUCCAUCCACAUUCACUGAAAUACAACCUGUGACCUCUCAACUAAAGGUACAAGUUUCUCAAAACUGGUGAAACUGCCAGGAAAUGUUUUAGUGUGAACAAUGGUGCUUUUGAUCGACUACUGAGACAGACAAGGUUAACAUGAGCUCAAUGAUGUAAAUCACUUUCCUCUAUGUUUUUUUGUUUUUUUUAUCUCAGUGAUUUAACUUGCCUUUUUUUGAAUAAACGUGUUUAAUGAAACGGGCUAGUAAAGAGCAAUCUUAUUUAAUAACGUGGUGCUUCUCAUCCUAUGUAACGGAAAACAGACGGACACACUGGUCAGCCUUAUGGCUGCAGAAGCUUCCCGGUUUGGAAGGAAGUCUUCUUAAUUAAAAAAAAAAGUGUCUCAUCAUAUCACUGUUACUGUCUUACAAGAUAUAACCACUGUAAUUACAGUGAAUUGUAAUUACUCUGAAAUAGACAUUUAUCAGCUUGAUGAUUAUUUGACUAAAGGCUUGAAAUCAGCUUUUUGUCAUUUUUGGAAGUGUGUCUAUUUUGUAUUGUUCUGCAAUAAGCUGGUGGUUUAAGGAGUUUGUGUCUGUAAUAAUGUCAUGGUUGCUUAAGAUUGACAUGUUUUUUUCUAAUAAAAGCUACU